CGGUUUGGAGUGAGGCUUGCACGUUGAGCUGAAGGCUGUGUGGAGUAUCGCGGCACAAGGAUUGAAGACUAGCCCAGUGUCUGGUGGGAAUCCGGCACCGGGUCAGGUCUGGGUCCCCGGGGGAUGGAUCGCGUGUGUAGUGCGUGGUGUGGGAAGUGCGUCAAAGAGAAAGAGUUGCCACCAUUCUGGGCCCAGCGCGUCGUGGUCGCUUGGCUCAGUAGGGCCGAGUGGGACCAGGUGACGGUGUAUCUGUUCUCCGACGACCAUAAAUUGCAGCGGUACGCGCUGAACCGCAUCUCGGUGUGGAGGAGCAGGUUAGGCAACGAACUCCCCCUGGCAGUCGCUUCUACUGCUGACCUGGUACGCUGUAAGCUCAUGGAUGAAACUGGUGGCUUGGGCACUGAUGAACUUAGACUGCUCUAUGGCAUGGCGUUGGUCAGGUUUGUGAAUCUUAUCUCGGAGAGGAAGACAAAGUCUGUCAAGCUUCCCCUCAAGUUUCUGGCUCAGGAGGUGAACAUUCCAGAUUGGAUUGUUGAACUUCGCCAUGAGUUGACCCACAAGAAAAUGCCCCACAUAAAUGACUGCCGCAGAGGCUGCUAUUUUGUGCUGGGUUGGCUCCAGCAAACCUACUGGAGCCGCCAGCUGGAGAACAGUCUGAGAGAGACCUGGGAGUUGGAGGAGGACAAGGAAGAGACAGAUGAAGAUGACCAAGAGGAAGAAAAGAAAGUUGUUGAUGACGUCACAGAACAGAGAUCGGAGCCUAAGGAUGAGGGGAAGGGUGCAGAGCUGGAUGUCAGGGCUGAUGGAGACAGCAAAGAAAACAGAGAGGUUGACGAGCAUUUGGAAAAGGCUCAGAGACAUAAAGAGCUAUAUGAAAGAACCCGAGAACUGCUGGUCUCAUACGAAGAGGAGCAGUUUAAGGUGCUGGAGAAAUUUAGGCAUUUACCUCAGGCCAUUAAGGCAUGGAAUAACCUGUCCCCACCUGUAGAAUGCAUCCUGGCAGAGCUCAAGGGCAUUACAUGGGAGAACAGGGAAGCUGUGCUGGAUGCUUUUCUGGAUGAUGGCUUUCUCAUCCCCACGUUUGAGCAGUUGGCAGCUUUGCAGAUAGAGUAUGAAGAUGGACAGACUGAGGUCCAGAGAGGGGAAGGUACUGACCCAGAGUCACACAAAAACAUGGACUUCAGUGACAUCGUGGUGCCAAAGCCAUUCUCUCAAUUCUGGCAGCCCCUGCUCAGGGGCCUGCACUCCCAGACCUUCACGCAGGCCCUGUUAGAGAGGAUGCUCUCCGAGCUGCCAGCCUUGGGGAGCAGUGGGGUUCGGCCUACCUACAUCCUCAGAUGGACCGUUGAACUGAUCGUGGCUAACACCAAGACUGGACGGAAUGCCCGCCGAUUUUCUGCAGACCAGUGGGAAGCGAGAAAGAACUGGAGGCUAUUCAACUGCUCUGCCUCCCUUGACUGGCCCCAGGUGGUUGAGUCCUGCUUGGGCUCACCUUGCUGGGCCAGCCCCCAACUCCUUCAGCUCAUCUUCAAAGCCAUGGGGCAGCUCCUGCCAGAUGAGGACCAGGAGAAACUUCUGGGCAUCUGUUCCAUUUAUACCCAGAAUGGAAAAAACAAUCUGGUGCAGGAGGGCUCAGAGGCCUCCCCCAUUGGGAAGUCUGCAUACACCUUGGACAGCCUGUAUGGGAACCUCAAACCGGCUGGCUUCUGCUCUGGGCCUGAAGGAGAAGCCCAGCCACAGAAGGAGCAGGGCAGCCUUAAUAAUGUCAAGGAAAAUGAGGAGGAGGUGAAAGAGGUCAUGGAAGACCAUGUGGAAGAGGAGGAAGAAGAGGGAGAAGAGGAAAAUGAUGACCCGGAGAAGUGGGGGGAGGAUGAUGAUGCAGAUGAUGAUGAUGACGAUGACGAUGAUGAUGAUUAUGAAGAAGACGAAGAAAAUGAUGAAGGCAGAAUGGAUGUGGAGCCUUUCUCUGUGGAAGUGGAGUCCCCCACUGCCGAGAAUGCUAGGCUCCUGGCCCAGAAAAGAGGAGCUUUGCAGGGCUCUGCAUGGCAAGUUAGUUCGGAUGUGCGGUGGGAGAUCUUCCCCUUAGGCCAAAUACCAGGUCAGACCGAGGACCCAGCAGAGCUUAUGCUGGAAAAUUAUGACACCAUGUAUCUGUUGGACCAGCCUGUGCUAGAGCAGCGGCUGGAACCCCCAACAUGCAAGACGGGCACCCUGGGCCUGAGCUGUGGCACUCGCAAUGGCAACUGCAAUGGCAACUGCAGUGGCAACUGCAGCAGCUGCAGCAACGACAGCAGCAACUUGGAGGGCCUUCUCUGGAGCCAGGGUCAGCUGCACAGGCUCAAAAGUGGCCUGCAGCUCUUCUGAUGCCUGCCUUGGUGCCAUUCUUGCUGAGACAGCAGCCCACCCUACCAGUGCACCUGAUGUUCCCUGAAAACAGUCUGGGAGACAGCCCGAAUCAGCAGCAUCAGCUCAUCUUUCACCACAAUGGCAUUUUAAUUAUGUUUUGUUUUGGUUGGGUUUUUUGAAAAAAAAUAAA